UACAAUUUUGGCUUAGUGCCAUCGUGUUUUUACGUGAAAUUGGAAAAAUGCAGUUCUGCUUAGCUGUACUAUUCCUGGUUGUGGAGAGUGCGCUUGGGUUUUGCCCAUCGCUAUGUUCCUGUAAAGGGAAUAGGUCAGGAGAUGGGGUGGUGGACUCUCAACCUAAGGAGCUCUUGAAGCUGACCUGUGGGGGUACUCCAGUUCAGAUCACGGAGUUGAAAGAAAUAGAUCUGAGCAAUCUUUGGACGGAUGUGAUUAGCUUAAAUCUAUCUGGAAAUGUUAUUUCUACUCUAUCAAGAGAGCUUCAUCUGCCGAAUUUGCAAAAAUUGGACUUAAGCAAAAACCAAAUAUCACUGAUAGAAUCUGAUGCAUUUUACAACAUGACAUCAUUACAGCGAUUGGAUCUGUCCUACAAUCAAAUCAGCAACAUUUACAAGGACAUGUUCAAGAGUUUAGUGAAUCUGGAAAGGUUUAUUUUAUCGCAGAAUCAUAUUUCAGUGUUGAGUAUGGGUACUUUUGAUUAUCUUGUGGGUCUGAAACAAUUAGACAUAACGGAUAACCCACUAAUAUGUGACUGUGAACUUUUAUGGGUAGGAGAUUGGGCCAGGAACACCAGUGUUAAACUAGUUGGCAGCCCCAAAUGUGCCUUCCCGGAGAACAUGGUUAACAAAACUGUACGCAAACUAAGAAUAUUCCUCGACUUAUCUGUCUGUGGUAGUGUUCUACCUUCAAAUACAUUAAUUGUAAAACCGAAUCACGACCAAGUUGUCUUUGAAGGGGACACUUUAGUAUUAACUUGCAAUGCUCCAUUUGCAUCCGUUGUAGCAAAGUAUGAGUUGAAAUGGGAUCAUCCGAUGCUGGAAAUAUGCGAUGUUAAUAUCACAAAUACAGAUAUGCAAGAAGAAGGUCUUGCUGAGACCUCUGUGUUCUUCCAUAACAUAAGUUUAUACCAUAUGGGUAAUUGGACUUGUAUGUAUAAUGAUCAGAAUCGUAUAAGACACAAUUAUACAGUACAAAUAUUGGUAUUGUCAAAGCACACACAGUAUUGUAAGACGGAUCAUACUUUGGGAAAUAAAGGGCUUUAUUCUUGGCCACAGUUGUUACUUAAUCGCACAGCGUCCGUCCCUUGUAGAAGUGGUGAUGGCCUUGCGUACAGAUAUUGCAAUGGAAAUGCAACGUGGAGUCCUGCAAACACAACCCAAUGUGCAUAUAUAAGCAAUAUAACAAAAUUACUGCAGCAAUUUGCUUUGCUGAAUGUUAGUUUGGUGCAAUAUUCGGCUCUAAAUGCAACAGAGAGGCUGUCUAUGUUGAUAAAAGAGAAGACAUACCCGUUGGCAGAGAUAUCUGAUCCAGACGACGUCAUGUUUAUAGCUCAGGCUAUAAGGAAUUAUAUGCAGUAUAUAUCAGAAGAAACAUAUUUAGGUUCAAAGCUCCUUGAUGUGAUCAGCUCGGCCAUGAACAUAUCAGCUCCGGUUAUGUCUAGAGCAGAAACGCUGUACGGUUCAUGCACAGAUAUGGCCAAAGCAGCGGAAGAGAUUUCUCUGUACACGAGAAAUGUUGAGGCACACAAGGCGAACUUGGCGGUGGAGCGGUUCCCGGUGCGCGAGGGCUUCGGCGGCGUCACGUGCGUGUGGUACAGCGCCGCUCGGGGGCUUCCGCCGCGCCUGCACUGUUCCACCACCAACCGCACCGUGGCGCCACUGCUGACCGUCACCGACGCGCUCAUACACGCCAGCGUGCAGAUACCGCAGUCAUUGCUGUACAGCACCACGGAUUUCGGGUCCAUGUUGCAAGUUAAGCCACAGGAUGUAGUUGUCGCCGUGUACGAUGUCGCAUCGUUGUUUCCACUGCUGCCCGCGGUAGAUGACGGGCCGAUGCGUGGGCACCGCUCCAAGGACUACUACGGCAGGAGUACUAAGAGGGAGGAUAUGAAUAUGGAGAUCACUUCGCCGGUUAUCGGAUUUCAGUUAGCUAACGCGUCCCUCCGCGGGGAGUUACUGGAGCCCAUCAUAGCGACGGUGCGCGGCCGCUCCAUGGGCGGGGUGGAUGGCAGAGCGGCCACCUGGGACCCACACACCAGACGCUGGACCGAUAACGCUUCAGAUUGCAAAAUAUCCCACGUCGUCUCAGAAAUGAUAAUAAUGAGCUGCACCAAAUUGGCUUACGUUGGCCUCCUCCAGAACGUUGAAACCGGGAUAUACGGCGCCAGAACCGACGGUGCCAGGUUCAAGGUCUCUCAUCCAGCCAUCUACGUCGGCUCCCUCAUACUUAUAGGCAGCGUCAGUUGUGCAACUUUGACCUACAUCAUGUGCUACCCCGCUAUACAAAUGGCGAAGAAGUCCAAACACGCUCUUAUCAACACCUGGAUAGCUAUCGGACUCCUAUGUUUCUUGUACACGCUGGGAAUCUAUCAAACCGAGGACGUAAAGCUCUGUCAGAUAUUAGGACUUCUCAUACACUAUCUCUCUCUCUCAUGCCUGCUGUGGAUGUGUGUUACAGCCAGUAACAUGUACAAAUGGGUGACAAAGACGCACAACCCAGUGAGGACUCCGGAAGAUGAUAUUCCACCAGAUGUCCCUAUACAGAAACCAAUUCUAGGUUUAUACUUAGUAGGAUGGGGUAUAGCUUUGAUAGUGUGCGGGAUAUCUGGCGCAGUCAAUCUGAAGGACUACGCUGGUUACUCACAAUGCUUCUUAAGCACAGCACCAGCUUUGAGCGCUUUGUUUAUCCCCGCGGGUAUUCUACUCAUGUUUCUCUUGAUACUGUUCCUGUUAAUAAGGUGUACUAUAAGGAAUUUGAACGUGCAACUAUCCGAAGGUACACAAGCUACUGAAAACGUUGAUUUGGAGAUGUGGGAGCCUAAUCAGGCGAAUGAACCCGAAAGGCGGAGUUUAAAGUCGACGGUAGAUUCGGAAAUAGAAGAUGUAGAACACACCCCCAUAAUACAAUUACGUGCUCAAGUUAUUGUUCUGUGUCUGUACGUAGCUGUUUGGUCGUGCGGUGCGAUAACUGUGUACAGACCUCUACCAGCGUAUCUCCCUUACCAAGAAGAUAUAUGUAGUAUAAUAUAUGCGGUGUGCGCCACAGUUUUGGGGACGUUCAUUCUUUUCUUCUACGGUAUCGCGAGAAGCGAUGUUCGAGCGCAAUGGUCCAUGAUGCAUUGCUACCUACAAUCUAGUAAACAAUGCUGCAGAAACAGAAGCGUGUUCGAUACCAACCAACAGAACCUCCCAGCGAACCAAACAAAUACAACGUCUCCCCAGCACAUACCAAAUGAUAACAGAUCAGGCUCCGGCAGUAGAAGCUCCAACAGAACAAAUACAAAAACCAAUAAUAGCGGAACUUACAAAGCAGGCGCGGAUUUAAAUGGCCAAACGUUACCGAAAGAUCUUAAAAAUACGAAUAGGAAAACACCUAAUAUUAAUCUAGUCGUAUUACACAGGCAGCAGUACAGAUCAAAUAAUUCCAUGAUGACGUAUCCGGAAUCGGGAACCGUCGGUCCCGAAAUCUUUUACAAUCCAAACCAAAUGAAUGUGGCAAAGAAGUUUUUCAAGAAACAGAAGCAACACAUGAAGAGGAAUUGUCUCGAGUUGCCCUUAAGACGGGAUUUUGACGAUGAUUCUCAUAUAUCUUUGCCGUUGCCUAGCAAAGAAGCUUACAACGGCGUCGCCAGUUUUCUCAACGCCGGCACUAAAGUCAAUAACACAAAUCAACACGUUGAAAGGGUGAACAGCGGGAUAAAGGAGUUGAGAAAUGCCGGCAAUCCAAAUUUGCUGGAAGACGAAUCAAAAGACAAUUUUAAAAGCUAUUCAACAGAUCGGAAGUCUUGGGUCAAAAAUGACGACCCAAAAAUCGGGAGAGGGCAAAUAAUGAACAUUUAUACCAAUGUGCCAGAAACCCAAGUGCCCCAACAUCAAGUUAUCAAGGCCAAUGUUCAGAAAAAUCUCAGCGGGCAAAGAAAUAGCGUUUCUGAAGAGUGUUUGCAGAGUCACGCAAGCGAACACCCGGAAAUGCGAACGAUAUCGCAGCAGUGCAGCUUAGAAUACAGCUCAGCUUCCGAAAUCGCGAUGCCACACACGUGUUCUGAUCAGACGUUAAAUACACAUUCAGAAAUGACGUCUUUCCAAGAAACUCAAAGCGCCUUGUGUUCCACCAACGAAAUAACUGACACAGAGAGCUUCGGCCAGUACAUAGAUUACUUACAACCUAAUAAAAGUCACGAGAAUAAGGAUGCGGUGGACAAAUCGCUGCAGGAUAUCUCAGAGGAGUGCACCAUGAACAGUGAAGAGAUAAAUCAAUCUAUAUCGCCACAUCAUAUGGAGGCAGGAUUGGAAGAAAUGGACAAUUUGCUACAAAAUCCCGAUGGAACCGAUGGAUCCAAAGAUAAACUUGACGAAGACAAAGAAACCUUCUUCAUGGCGAAAACUACUUACGAUUUCGAAACUUGCAGCACUAAUGCCAGCGAGCAAGGUUUCGAAAACGAGAGUGAUAUUUACUGCCCGAAUUAUCAAAUGUCCGAGGUCAGCAUACGCAGUCACGGCUUAUACGCUCCCUCGCCAUCAUCCAUGUGCCCAAACGAGAUCAGCUUCAGCAACGAAGACGUUUCAACGUUGGAAAGCCAGUACGUAAACUACGAUCCAGGGUGGCGGAAAACAGUGAAGAACAAUCCGAAGUUAGGGAAAUACGUGCCAACUCCGGCGUUAAGCUGUCCCGAAGUUAACCGAGACAGUAGUCCUUUGUCCUUUGCUAGUGAACUGGACGAACUCUACACGCAAAUUACGAGCAGGGAUAAAGACAGGACGACGAGAAAAGACCACGGGUUAGAUGUGACUGUUAAUAGUGAUGUGACUUUAAAACCAGACAGUGAUAGUUGUGUUAGUGAAGCGGUUUCCGAUGUAGAAGGAAAAGGGGAAACGACUGUUUGAAAGAGUGACCUUGACUCUUUUUAGCAUGGAAAUCGUACGGACGCGU